CCAAGUGGAAUUGCCGUACGACUUCGCUCGGAUGUCUACUUCCGCCUGUUUUUUUUUUUUUCCACGUAACUACCCGCCUGGCUUCAUGAAAGUAUUCUCCCCGGAUUCGUGCCGAACUUUCUUGAGCCUCGACAGCAAGUCCAACACGACUGAAGUGAAAGAGCUUCAAUACAUCGUGAACUGGGCUCGGUGCAUCUCGGAGAUCCUCAAGCGAAUUUGGACGAGCUUGUCUUUGCUUGCUAGCUACUAGCAAACACGCCUCGGAUCUCCGCACGUGUGAGGAAAGUGUUGCCCCCCCCCCCCCUUCCCCCGAUCGUGUGAAAAUGUGCGCAAAAAGUGUGAAGGCAGAAGAGUACGAGGAAGACGUUUGUCGCGCCAAAGAGGAGAACGAGCGACCGCGUCACUUCGCGUUGGACGCAGCAGACAUCCGUGAAAAACAUUUGCACCCUGAGCAACGAGAACCAGCGACUCCUCAAAUCAAAGAGGAAGAGGAGCCGGUGUCCUUUCACAUAAAAGCCAAAGAGGAGGAGGAUCUCACCCAGUUCCCAUUGACCUUUGACCAUUUGAAAAGUGAAAAAGAUGAAGACAAAGGUCGUCAGAAUGAGGAGAACAAAGGGACGAAGCCACCUAGCAGCAGCUCAAAUAGACGCGUGACAGCAGAAGAUGAUGACGAACACAGCGGAGGACCGCGAGCAGACGGCCUCUUUGCGCCACUGUCGGACGGCGACGACACAACAUCGCAAUCUCAUGAUGGUGAUGAUGAUGAUCACGACGAUGACCGAGAACGCUCCAAAGGAGAUAUCGCACGUCACACAGGCAACAAAAAUCUAAAAUGCUCGCGGUGUUCUAAAAGCUUUAGUUCAAAGUGGAAUUUGAAAGUGCACACAAGAACACACACCGGGGAAAAACCUUUCACCUGCUCAGUUUGCGGCAAAAAAUUCUCUGUCAAGGAAAGCUUAAUAAUGCACACCAGAACGCACACAGGUGAGAAACCUUUCAUAUGCACAAUUUGUGGGCAAAGAUUCUCUGUCAAGACACAUUUAACCACGCACAAAAGAACACACACUGGGGAGAAACCUUUUGCCUGCUUUGUCUGCGGUCAAAAAUUCUCCGUGAACCAUAGCUUAAUAAUUCACACGAGAAAACACACCGGGGAAAAACCUUUUCCCUGCUCUGCGUGCGAUAAAAGAUUCACUCAGAAGGGAGAUUUAAAAAGACACACGCAAACACACACUGGGGAGAAACCUUUUGUCUGCUCAGUUUGUGGGAAAAGAUUUAGUCUCAAAGGACAUUUAAGCACACACACGAGAACGCACACUGGAGAGAAACCUUUUGCUUGUUUACUUUGCGGUCAAAGAUUCUCUGUAAGCGGAAGCUUAAGAACACACACGAGAACGCACACCGGAGAAAAACCAUUCAGUUGCAGCGUGUGUGAGAAGAUAUUCUCUCGUAAGGACCAUGUUAAGAGACACAAGUGUGCUGGUGAAAAUAGAAGUAAAUCUCGAAAGACUGGAAAGAAACAGAAUCCUUGAGGUCAGGUGAAAAAGUCAAUGUGCGCCUUGAACACACGAUGAUGGUGAAUUCACCGAGGAUGAUGCAAGACCUUAAAAAAAAUUCAAUAAAAUCAUUGUGAUGCGAGAACCUUGGUGUUGUGU